AUGGACCAUGCGGCCGCGAUGCCUGUUAGCGACCUCGUUUUCCCGGGAGAUUUGAACAAGAAAAUUCGAACAGUUGGCUUCUGUGUUGCCUACAACCAUAACAAUGCUCAUGUUGUUCUUGAGCAUGAACACGCGUAUCUUCUUGCUGAUAUCUCACUCUUGGUAGAUGAAGGCCUGUUGUCCUUACCUACUUAUUCCAAACUCGUAUGCAUCGGUACGCUCGAUCGUGCACAUGAGGAUGAGAUUCGUUCCGUUGAUUUGACACUUGACCAAGCGCGCAGAAAUUAUGCGUCUUCGCCCAUGAUCCUGCGCGUCAUAUUUGCUAAGGUGGACGACGACCUUGAUCUACGUCUUUGGGCAUCUUCUGCGCGUAAGAUUCAGGAGGCUUUCCCCGUCAAGACUGGGCUACGAAACGGCUGA